AAGUAAACAAACAGAACAGAACAGAAGAGUCAGCUUUCAAUCAAUCUAGGAGCCUCGAUCUUGUCGAAAAAACCCACAAAAACCCUUCUCUUCUUUUAAAAAAAGGCUCAACAUUUCCUUCGUAACUCUCACCAAAAGCAAAAUUUUCUUCUUUAUUAGCUUUUUAGAAGAAAACCCAUUUCUUUUCUAAGCUAAUUUUUCACAUUGGCUGUCUACAUUUUCCAAAGGUCUCAAUUUUCUUCUAAGAAGUUAUUUUUAUCAAGAAUGGCGGCAACUGCGGCUUCUGGCCUUCAAAUGGCAACUGCAAGGCCCUGCAUUUCCUCUUCCCACAGAGUGGUCAAGGCAGGUGCUGCUAUUCUUGGAGCCAGUUCUAAAGGGGCAUCAUGGGCUAAGCUUGCGAGUGGUUCUCAUAUAUCGUCUAUUCAGCCUUUCCAAAGGACUUUCAUGUCAUCUUCAGUUAAAUUGAAUAAGGUUGUGACAAAGGCAACGUCUGAAUCUAGUGACAGUAAGCCAGUGUCUGGAUUGCCAAUUGAUUUGAGAGGUAAACGGGCAUUUAUUGCUGGUGUAGCUGAUGACAAUGGGUAUGGUUGGGCCAUAGCAAAAUCUCUUGCUGCUUCAGGUGCUGAAAUUCUUGUCGGAACAUGGGUGCCUGCUUUGAACAUUUUUGAAACAAGCCUGAGACGGGGGAAAUUUGAUGAAUCUCGCGUGUUGCCAGAUGGUUCUUGGAUGGAUAUCACCAAAGUAUACCCCCUUGAUGCAGUGUUUGACAACCCUGAGGAUGUACCUGAAGAUGUGAAAGCAAAUAAACGUUAUGCUGGAUCCAGUAAAUGGACUGUUCAGGAAGUUGCUGAAUCUGUCAAACAGGAUUUUGGCAGCAUUGACAUCCUUGUGCACUCGCUUGCCAAUGGACCGGAGGUCAGCAAACCCCUUUUGGAAACAUCAAGAAAAGGAUAUCUUGCAGCCAUAUCUGCAUCCAGUUACUCGUAUGUUUCUUUACUCAAGCAUUUCCUUCCAAUUAUGAAUCUGGGUGGUUCAUCUAUUUCUCUCACAUACAUUGCUUCAGAGAGGAUCAUACCAGGAUAUGGUGGAGGCAUGAGUUCUGCCAAAGCUGCACUUGAAAGUGACACACGUGUGCUUGCAUUUGAAGCAGGAAGGAAAAACAGAAUCAGGGUCAACACAAUAUCUGCUGGUCCACUAAGAAGCCGUGCUGCAAAAGCAAUUGGAUUUAUUGAUACUAUGAUUGAAUAUUCAUUAGCCAAUGCACCCUUGCAAAAAGAGCUAUCUGCAGAUGAGGUGGGCAAUGCUGCUGCCUUCUUAGCAUCACCUUUGGCUUCUGCAGUCACUGGUACUGUUAUGUAUGUUGACAAUGGCCUCAACACAAUGGGUGUCGGAGUUGACAGUCCGAUAUUCAAAGACCUUGACAUUCCAAAAGACAAUCACCAGGGUUAAACUACAGGCAGGUUGAUCCAUCAAGUGAGACUUUGAUUACAUAGUGCUGCCUUCUUAUUCUCAUCCACCCCUUCAUUGGCAUCGCCAGCGGCCCCAAUUUUUACAUGAGAAUUUGUUUUUAGAGGGACAAUGAUAGUUGCAGACAAUGUUUGCAAUGUUCAACUUUUUCUUCCUGUAGUGAUUGCUGCUUGCACAGAUUGUAACAACUUUAAGGUUGUACGUGUAUGGGCUAAUUAGAUCCCUUCUCUUGUUUGCAA